UUGCCUAUAUAUAAGCAAUUAAGGACACAUCAUCUUUGUUUGUUCCCUGAGAUAUUGCUCCCUCCUGGUUGCUAAGAUGGAAGUAGAAUCAGAAACUCAAGAACUGCAUAUUCAUGUCAACGGCGAACCUGAAAGGAAAUCUUCAACAGAACAGAGGAGUCACAACUACUCAUGGAGGUUAAGAGUGUCUCUCUACGUCAUUCUCCUCUUAGCUGGAGAAACAAUAGCCACUCUCUUAGGUAGACUUUACUACGACAAAGGUGGCAACAGUAUAUGGCUCGAGACCUUAGUUCAGCUAGUUGGGUUUCCUUUAACCCUUCCUUGCUAUUAUUACAUAAAGCAUGAGUCGUCUUCCAAAACUAAUAACUUAACCAAUAAAAAAACAACUUCCUUCUUGACACUUGCUUUGGUUUACAUUGGACUUGGCUUGCUUGCUGCUGGUCACAGUGUCCUGUAUUCCUUUGGCUUACUCUACCUUCCUGUCUCGACAUUCUCUUUGAUCUCUGCGUCUCAGUUGGCUUUUAAUGCUGUCUUCUCUUACUUCCUAAACUCACAGAAGUUCACACCUUGUAUACUCAACUCACUUGUUCUCUUGACCAUAUCUUCUACACUUCUUGUCAUCCAACCUGAGCCUGAAUCUUCUACUUCAAACUCAUCAUCCAAAUACAGUUAUGUGAUUGGAUACAUCUGCGCCAUCGGUAGCUCAGCUGGUUAUUCUCUAGUGCUUUCUUUAACAGAUUAUGCGUUCGAAAAGAUUCUGAAGAAAUACACAUUCAAGGCUAUUUUGGACAUGGUCACAUAUCAGUCUUUCGUAGCUACUUGUGCAGUUGUGGUUGGACUCUUUGUAAGUGGUGGGUGGAAAAUGCUGAGGACAGAGAUGAAAGAGUUUACGCUUGGAGAAAACUCUUAUAUUUUCAUCAAUAUUGGUGCAAUGAUAUCUUGGCAAGCUUGUUGGAUUGGUAGUGUGGGUUUGAUUCUUGAAGUUUCGUCGCUUUUCUCAAACGUUAUAAGCACUCUUUGUUUACCUGUUGUUCCUGUUCUUGCGGUUGUCUUCUUCCGAGAUGAGAUGAGUGGAAUCAAGUUGAUUGCAAUGUUUUUGGCCAUAUGGGGGUUUGUUUCUUAUGCUUACCAGCAUUAUGUUGAUGAUCCAAAACAAGAAGAUGAGAAAGAGAUUCCUCAAGCUGAAGAGGAAGAAAAAGAAACACAAGAAGAGAAGAGUAACAACAUUCAAGACUAGACCGAGAUCCAAGAGCUAAGGUUUUAUAAAUUUUAAUAACUAAACCCGUUGUGGGAUGUAACAAGGCUCCUAGAAUAAAUGAUACCACUAUUUGACCCAAAAAAAAAAAAU